ACCUUAUGCGCAUGCCCCAAAUUUGGGGUUUUCGGAUUUGGGUUCGUGUGUGUGUACGCGCGCGUGUCCGCGUCCUGUGGGCGCUCCUGCAUCCUACUGCCGCAAUUUCUAUCGUAGCGUCUGCAGCCAGCAUGGCAGCAGCCGCCCCUAACCCGGAGGAUGUAAACCGGACCGGCGGCGGCAACGGCACGACAAGUUCUCUGGCCGGGGACGGAGACUCGGAAGAGGCCGAGGGCUUUAACUCCGCCACUCAUUGCUCGGAGCUGUCUCGUCGGCAGAACGAGCAGCGGAAGCAGGGGCUGUUCUGCGAUGUGACGCUGGCCUUCAGCAGCGGCGGGGCCGCCGGUGGCGUGAGGAGCUGCGAGUUCUCCGCCCACCGCUCCGUGCUGGCGGCGGCCACCGACUACUUCACCCCGCUGCUCGGAGGGCAGUAUUCCGAGUCGCUGUCCAGACGCGUGGAGAUGAAGGAGUGGAGCUCCGAAAUGGGGCCCGACCCGGAGACCGUGGAAAUCGUCAUUCAGUACAUGUAUACCGGGGAAAUACGGGUCAGCACUUGCAACGUCCACGAAGUUCUGGAGCUGGCUGACAGGUUCUUACUGGGCCAGCUGAAAGACUUCUGUGGCGAAUUCCUGAAAAAGAAGCUGAAUCUGACCAACUGCGUGGCCGUGCACAGCCUGGCCCACAUGUAUUCACUGGACCAGCUUGCACUGCGUGCCGCCGACAUGAUCCGGCGAAACUUCCACAAGGUCAUCCAGGACGAGGAGUUUUACACACUGCCCUUCCACCUGGUGCGCGACUGGCUGUCGGACGCUGAGAUCACCGUGGAUUCCGAGGAGGUCCUGUUCGAGGCCAUCGUCAAGUGGGUGCAGAGAAACCUGGCCGAGCGAGAGAAGCACUUUGAGGAGCUCUUCCGCCUUUUGCGGCUGCCCCAGAUCAAGCCCACCUACCUGACGCGGGUGGUCAAGUCGGAGCAACUGGUGGCCGAUCGGGAGGCCUGCCGACGGCUCGUCUCGGAGGCGGUGGAGGGUCACGCCCUCCGUUUUGAGAGCCAUAAGUCGGCCGAUCUGGAAUUCUGGUCCUCCUACAUGGCCUCUUUCCAGCCGCGCUUCGGCCAGAACAUGGACGUGAUCAUGGUGGUGGGCGGGGUCUCGGAGGGGGGAGACUACCUGAGCGAGUGCGUCGGUUACUUCAUCCACGAGGACCGCUGGGUCAACCUGCCUCACAUCCACAACCACCUGGACGGCCACGCCAUCGCUACCACUGAGUCGCACGUCUACGUGGCCGGCUCUAUGGAGCCCGGCUUCGCCAAGACCAUGGAGCGCUACAACCCCAACCGCAACACCUGGGAGCAGGUCAGCAACCUGACCACUCGCAAGCACUCGUUCGGGCUCACCUGCAUCAAGGACGUCCUCUACAGCAUCGGCGGCCAUGGCAACUUCAGUCCCGGCUUUAAGGACGUGAGCGUCUACGAGCCCGAGCAGGACAAGUGGCACAAUCUGGAGUCGGCGCCCAAGAUCCUGCGAGACGUGAAGGCGGUGAGCGUGGAGGACCGCUACGUGUAUGUGACGGCCCGCACGCCCGUAGACACGGACAGCGACGACGGGCUGAAGACCAUCACCACGCGGUACGAUACCGAGAGCAGGCAGUGGCAAGACAUGGAGUCCUUGCCGCUCAUCGACAACUACUGCGUCUUCCAGAUGGCUGUGGCGACCACUAACUUCUACCACACCGCCUCCUGCUGCCCCAAGAGCUACGCGGUGCGAGACGAGGUGGCCCGGCAGAAGGUCAGCACCCGCGCCUCCGACGAGAUACUGGAAAGUCUGCCGCCCGAGGUCACCAGCAUCGAGGGGGCCGCCAUCUGCCACUUCGGCGAGGAUGUCUUCAUCAUCGGGGGCUGGAAGAACAGCGACGACGUGGACAAGCAGUACCGCAAGGAGGCCUAUCGCUACUGCGCGGAGAGGAAGCGCUGGACCCUGCUCCCGCCCAUGCCGCAGCCGCGAUGCCGCGCCACUGCCUGCCACGUUCGCAUCCCAUACCGCUUCCUGUAUGGCUGCCAGCGAUACCCCAUGCCUCAGAACCUGGCCCGACAGCGGGACCGCAUGCAGCAGAUGCAGCAGCUGCACCGCCGCACCCUCACGCUGCGCAGACAGCUGCAGUCGCAGAUCGAGUGCUGAGCUUCGCCUUCCUGCGCAAACUACGUGGUCGUCGUCAUUGCAGUGCCUAACCUGCCCACUAGAUGGUCUUGUUUCUGUUGCUGUUGUUUAGUUUGAAGUCAAAUAGUUCAAAGUCAUGUGGCAGUGAUGUGACCAACACCAUUCCGCACAGUGACAGUUUCAAAUCGCAGUAUUUCAUUUUCAGAGUUCAAUUUUGUUUUAUAUACAUGUAUUUAUAUGUCUUAUGUUCGUUAAUUUAAAUUCCGUCCUUGAAAAGUAUUACGGAAUCCUCCUUCCUUGGACCUCUGUUGUUAUUGCCGUGGAAGAGGCUGCCAUGAGAUGUGGGGAAAUGGCCACCAGGGUGUGCUGUGGACCAGCGUUUAAUCUGUGCACGGGGAUGAUCUCUAGAUGGGAUCAGAGGAGAUGAUCCGCUAGAAGGCGGCUAGAUACAUCAUAUCACAGCAUGUGUGUAAUGGCUGUUACGAUUUCUGGAUGCAUUAUUUGACUUUAGAAAGGAAGCCAAGGCAGACUGCUCAGUAGUUGACAGACGGCAGCUUUUUUUUGGAGAUUUCUUAAAGGAAUGGAACAAAUGAUUAUACAUUCCUCUGUGAUGCACUUGAUGUCUAAUCGAUGUCUUAAGUGGCUGAUGUAGCACUGAGUCUUAGAGAUGGUGAGGGAACAAUGGAAUGGGCAAGUUUGGAAUCUGUUAGGCGGGCACUCUGAGAGGUGACCGGAAAGGGGAAACUGGGUGACGAUAUCCCGGCAUCUUUACCGUCGUCGGAAAGCCACUGUCACCCGGUCCCCGAAACACAAGGAACUCAAAGAAUUAUUUUGAAAUGGGAUCACAUUGCAAUGAUGCUGUCUCCUUUUGUCCUUUUUCCACCUGCAAAAUGGAAUCCAACACAACAGACAGUGGUUAUAUUCUGACAACUAUACACCAAAACAUUCCAUAACUACAUGUAUAAAUAGAGAAACUUUAUUAUUAUUAUUAUUAUUUUAGCAAAUGCAUUCUUUUGGGGUGAGUUACACUGCCAUCUUUUCCAUUUUAUUACGCUGGUCUACUGGACCAAUCCUGGAGUAUCUAGGUGAAGAUUACACCACCAGUGCUGUGAGUCCUGGGACUCACCAGUCCAGCAGUCUGAUGACAUCAACACACUACAUUCCUCUCACUGUAAAUGUUUGGACAGUUGUGUAUCAAAGUAUUGAUUUUUAUUACAUUAAUAUGAGUACCAAUAUGUGUAACCGCUCGCUGUGUGCACAGGGUAGGGUUGCAGAAAACACUCCGCUUAUGUAUAAUGAUUCUAAUUUUAGUGCAGAUGCUAAUACAGCUAGAGCUUGCUUGACCUUAAUCCUUGUAGAAGAGGAGAUGGAGACUUUUGCAUUUAUGGUGGAAAAGAAUGAUGCUAUGAAUUCUCAGAUAAAAACACCAGUCGCUAUGGUGGAAAAAAUGAUUCAAAGUCAGUGAUAGGGAGGAUCUUCUUGUACUGUCAAACACUAACCAGUUCAACCCACUACCUAGUGGUUGGUAAUCUUCAUGAAUGUCUCUGCAUCUGUAGGAUGUCUAGUGGAGAGAGGGUUUUCCCAUAUUACCUCUAGUUGACCCUGUUUUCUGAUGGCUAUUCCGUGACGAUCGUUACUGAAAAUCUAAAAUGAAAAAAAUUCCCCCUCGUCACUGGUUAGCACGAGCAGGUUAGCAGAUUGUCUGUUCUGUUUGUUACUUUUGGGUGUGAAGCUGAAAGGGUACGCUAUGCUAACUCUGUCAGGAGAAAAUGGGUCCUGUUCCUUUAAGGCCACCUACGUAGGCACUGUGAUGUUGCCAUUGAUAGUUAAGCUAUUAGUUGUGCCAUUCCUGCACAUUAAUAAAAGUAGCGUGGGUAGCUCUGCAGUUGGUAGAUCUGCUGUAUCCCGCUUCUCUUUUGUCAAUGUACAGUAAUUUGAAAUGUUAUAUGGUUUAUAUUUUGCUUUGCAUGUGAAAUCAGUCAGUACAGCAGACAUAGUGAAGUAAAUGCUGUAAUUAAUAUUUACAAUAAAUUUUUUGUAUGAUUUUUUUUUUUGUGCUAAUUCUCAGCUAUUUUUUUUUUUAGUCAAAAGCAUUAACAUUCCUGCUGUAAUAUUUUGAGGAUCUGGCCUGGGGACCAAAUAGCAAGUACACAAUCUGAACCUGCAUUUUCAACGGGUAAUUAAAUGUAUGUUCAAAUUGAAAUAUCAAAAAAAGGUAGAACGAUAUGCUAUAUUUUAAAUAUUUGUCAUUUAUUUCUAUAAGGAAAAACAUUUACACGUCACUGCCCAGAGUAAUCAAAUGCAGCGGUCUCUUGUAUUAUGUUAAUUUGUUUCGCUUUGAUACCAGAAUUUCAUUUUACUUACCGAGUUCCACAGUAUAACACUGCAAGCCAUGAUGUUUCAAAAUUUCAGCCAAAUGUAUUAAAAACAUAUAUCAGCCAAAACCAACGUAUUAUGCACCAAUUUUCUUUGGCAUAAUAAAUUAAUAAAGUUUGACUGCAUUUCA